AUGUCACAUGAUGAUAAUAGACCGGCAAAGAGAGGAAAAACUAUUUACUCAUUCUUCAAAAAAAGUAGUAAUGAUCCUCAUAGCAGUGGCCUCCGAUUAGCAGUGGCAAAUGGCUUCACCAAGAUCCUCAUAGAAAUGGAUUCUCAUAUUGCUGUGAAUCUAUUCCAACAAAGGGAUUCUCUAUGUUUCCAUCUUCUAACUGCUUUGCUCUCAAACUGUGGGAAGAUGCUUAGACAUUUUGAGAGUUGGAAUAUCCAGCAUAUUUUCAGAGAGAAGAAUGGUUUGGUUGAUUACCUUGCUAAAUGGAGCCAUAAUCUAGACUUGGAUAUUCAGUUUUUUGUUUCAGCUCCUAUCUGGGCUAGCUCUGCAUUAGCUAAUGAUCUGUUGGGGGUCACUUGGGCCGUUUGA